GCAGUAAGAACCUCUGUAUCUGCUUCAGUGAAAAGGUCCAGUUCCUGACCAGACUUUCUGCAUUCAUUCAGUAAUGCUACAUGGUUGUUUGGCAAGACAAGUAUUAAACAGAGACCGACUGGGAUCCAGCCCAGGAUACAGGGAGAAGUCACCAGAUAUUCACCAUGGAGAGAAUGUCCUUGAAGGAGAGGAUGGGGGCGCAGCUGAUGAAGGAGCUGAACCUGAACCCUAAAAAACCAAAAAACACAAAAAAAGCAGUCAAGGGGUUCACUGACUUUAUACAGAACAUGGAGACAGAGGAGACCAACAGUUACAAUAACAAAGAAAUGUUGCUGGAGCUAGAGAAGGAGUACAUUGAAGCAGCAAAGAUAAAUGAUGUACAGACCAUGAAGAUUCUGGGAAGGGCAGUCAAGGUUGACGCAAAGAACUUGCAUGAUCGCACUGCCCUGCACUAUGCAGUUGCUGGAAAAAACAUAGAGGCCGUCCAAGUCCUUCUCCAGCGCAGAGCAAAUAUCAAUCAAGAGGACAAGCAUGGAGUGACAGCCAUCCACCUGGCUGCCUGGUUUGGGAGUCUUCCCAUCCUGAAGUUGCUUGUGCAGGGUGGUGCUGAUCAGAAGGUUGAGAAUGCGCUGGGAAUGAACAUCAUGCACUGUGCUGCCAUCAACAACCACACUGACAUAAUGACAUUCAUCAUCUACGACCUGAUGAUGAAAGAACUGGACAAAGAGGACCUGUCUGGACACAGAGCGUUUGCUUUGGCAGCAGAGCAUGGCUCUGUGGAGAUGCUGCAGAUGUUGAUGGAGGAGACGUACAAUAUGGCCACCAUGGAGGAAGACCAGAAUGGGAACACACCUCUGCAUUUGGCUGCCAGCAAUGGCCACUUGGAUGUCGUCCAGCUACUGCUGAAGAGCUUUGAAACUCGCAAUGAAGUCAAUACGGCUGGGGAGACGGCUCUAUACCUGGCUGCUGCCGCUGCCCAUGAGGACUGCGUCCAGGCUCUGUUGGAGGCAGGCUGUGACCCAAACAUUGUCACCAUGGACCAAAGCAGUGCUCUACACCCUGUCUCUGAGAAAGGCAACACAUCGUUGGUGAGACUCCUCAUAGAGAACUCGGCCCAGGUGGACUUACAAAACCAGCACCUCCAGGCUCCUCUCUACCUGGCAGUGAAAAACUGUCACAUCCCUGUCAUCCACACACUGCUCGAGGCUGGCUGCAACAUCAACGUCACUGAUCACAGGUCCCAGACUGUCCUGCAUGUAGCUGCAGAGCUUGCCAGAGUGGACACUGUUGAGAUGCUUCUGAAAGCUGGGAUGGACCUAGUCCUCCAAGACAAGCAGGGUAAGACAGCACUGGGUGUGGCAGCCCGAGCAGACGAGGUCAUCAUCGUGGACAUGAUCAUCAAGGCAGAGAGAUAUUUGACAUGGAGGAUGGCCAACACUGAGCUUAAUGAGAACCUUCACAGCCAGACUCCGCUGACGUUUAAAUUAGACCACCGCACGGAGAGCAAACAGACCCGCGGCAGCGCCUGGCACCUGGCCUACCGCCUGCUGAAGCCAGGCGACUGGAAGAGGCUGGCGCUGCACUGGCAUUUCACUGAGCAGCAGGUGGCUGCCAUUGAGGAGCAGUGGACAGGGCAGCAGAGCUACCAGGAACAUGGGAACAGAAUGCUGUUGAUCUGGCUUCAUGGGGUAGAGCUGGCCCAAAGGAGUCCUGCUAAAGAGCUGUACCAGGGCCUGCUUGCCAUAGGCAACAAGACCAUAGCAGAUAAAAUACGAAUGGACAGAGAGGAAGGAGACAUGAAGAAAUGCAUCCUUUCAUAAAGGUGGAAAAAAAUGACAUGGGCAUAUGUUGAGUCAACAAGAUUCUUUUUUCAAUUGAUCUUUAUGUAUAUAUUUAGUGAAUGGUUUAUUAUUCUAUGAGCCCAUUUUCUUCCAAUUCAUGUUUUAUUCAUGUCCCAUCAUUCCAGCAAUUUACAUUAAGGGUUUACGGUGCAGAAUGUGGCUAAAACAUAAACAUAUGGCUUUGAUAUAAUCCUGAAAAUUUGAACACAGGUGUUUUCCACACAUCAACAAUUUUAGGUUAAACCUGGGAUGAAAACUAGUCACCUUAUGCGAAAUUCGCCGUUUUGAAUCCAAAAUGUGAUUCAUGUAGAUCCGAUGAGAAAAGUUUGGAAGGGAGGGGCUUUGGAUCACUACUAGCUUUAAGUGAACGAGUGAUGCGCGUUAGGAGCAAUACUGGCUGUAUCCAAGGCUAAGCCAAGCCAGUCGUUCACAUAACGACAGAAUGCAGCACGCGACUUAAGAGAUAAGAGACAACCAACUUGCUAGUUACAGCAUCAGCGCGUGCUCUGGAAAUACAGCGGGAGAGUGGAAAGAGGUAGCUGAGAGGCCUGACCACCGAGACGGGGUCAAGGAGAUGAAGCUUACUUCAUGAGCUGUAACCGAAAAACAGCUGGCAUUUGGAAAGUGUGGAACAAGUAUUGUUACGUAUCUUGCUAGCUGAAUCGAAUUAUAAUUUAGCAAGCCAGAGAAAUGUUGAGCAACAUUAGCCAAUUUAAACUCAAUUAUUUGAUCAGUUAUGGUGUGAAAAUUAGACAGCUAACGUUACAACAUCAGAUGCGCUAACGUUACUAACCUAACCAAUUCGCUAUAGUAUUAACUGGUAUACUACUCCUUGCCUUCCCUCAAGUUAUAACGCGUUAGUUGCUUACUGGACCCUGGCAAGCUGUGUGAAAUGUUAACUAUCAAAAGUAACGUUGUGUGGUUAAUUUAAAGAAUUAGAUGAACAUGAGGCAGGGAUGAAGUGUAGCUUGGCCUGGCUUAAACUGGAUGCCACCAUAGAGGUGAAAGGAACACCACACACUUGUGGGGUAUGCCAGGUGUAUUCUCUGCCUGAAAGAUCAAUUAUGCAAACAAAGGGUAUCAUGCUCUGCUGGCACAUUGUAGAACAUGUGUACAAUGUAAUAAUGUGUAGCCCAAAGAUAGCUAUUGUUGUGUUGAAUGUGACAGUAACGUGUGAGUGAGGGGGGAUUAUUACAUGUUUUACUCGGUGAACAUUUUUGCACACAGCCAUGUGCACUUGCUCGAUGUCUACUAUAGUGGCCACUAUAAUAGAGCAAAAAUAGAAUGCCUGUUUUUCAAUCAAAUUUGAUUAGUCACAUGCGCCGAAGACAACAGGUGUAGCAGUAAAAUGCUUACUUACGAGCCCCGAACCAACAAUGCAGUUUCAAAAAAUACGCAUAAGAGAUGAUAAAAGUAACAAGUAAUUCUAUUUCUACUUUGUUUUAUUUAGAUGUGUGUGGUCACAACCAUUCUAUUAUAAAGGCUGUCAUGGCUAACUGCAAUAUUAGUGUAUUAUUCUGUCAAGACUUGAGUGUCAUUUGCAGUAAA